CAGUGACGUCACAGGUCAGAAUCUGAAUUAGAAUCACUUCUAUUAUGACGCGCAUCACCCUUGUGUGUGUGUAUAGAGAGAGCGACCAGUGGUUUACAUUUGCAAGCAAUUAAUUUGUCUUGGUGUACUGGUGAUUAAUAAUAAUAAGGUUAUUAGCUAAUUACAGCAAGAUCAUGCCUCCGAAAAAGAAAGGAACAGGGAAGUCUGCGGAGGAAAAGAGCAGUACUGUAGCCCAAGUACCAUCUACAGAGGAUGAAAUGUUGAAGAAGCAGCUGGAAAAACAAAUUAUCCAGAUGCGUGAGGAGCUGGAUCGGGAGCAAAAAGAGCGCAAUUACUUCCAGCUGGAAAGAGAUAAGGUACAAUGCUUUUGGGAGCUCACCAAAAGCCAGAUAGAGGAGAAGAAAGCAGAAAUAAGGAACAGGGAUAAAGGACUGGAAGAAUCUGAGGAGAAACAUCAGGAAGAGAUCAGGAAGUACGAGGAGAAGAUUAAAGACUUGCUGUUUGAACAUCAAAAUAGCAUCGCAGAGUGUAAGCACGAGGGAGUGGUUGCCACCAAACUCCUGGAGAAAGAGUGGGCAGACCUGGAGAGUGAGCUGCAGAAAGACAUGCACAGCCUGAAAGUGGAUUUGAAAGAACAGGAGCUCUCGUACGAGAAAUCCAUCAAGAGCCUAAAACUGAGCAAUGAAAAGGAGAUCACCAAGCUCAGAAGUGAAUUUGAGGAAAAAUUACGAGUAAUCAAGGCAACGUAUGAGAAGAAGCUGGAAAAACAUCGAGAGGAGCAAGACCUGAGGCGCAAGACUGAAAUCCAUGAGAUCGAGCAAAGGCUGAACGUCCACAUUAACACGCUGAUAAAGAACCACGAUAAAGCCUUCGGUGAUCUACAGAACUUUUAUAAUGAUCUCACUCAGGAGCGCGUGAGCCAAAUCGGCUUGCUUGAGGAGGAAGUGGCUGAAAAGAACACGAAGGGGAAGAUGUUGGAGAAGGAGAUGCCCAAUGUGCUACAGCAGAACAACCAUCUGACGGAGCUACUGCAGAAAGCCACGCAGGAAGUGUCAAUGCUACAGAAACAGCACGAAGACCAUCAGAAGGACAAAAGCUUACUGGUGGGAACGAAAGCACGUCUCAAAGUGACAAAUAACAAGCUGAAGGACCUGAAAAUGGAGCAUGAACUUCUGGAGCAGAGAUUCAGUAAGGUGCAGCAGGAUCAUGAUGAACUGUUCAAGAAGUUCGACAAGGCCAUCCUGGAGGUGCAGCAGAAGAGCGGCAUUAAGAACCUGCUUCAAGAGAAGAAACUGGUCGCUCAAACAGAGACCGGAGAAUAACGAGGGACCGCUUAACAAGGUCCUUCCUGCCUCCAAUUUAGAGCCCAGGGCCUUCGGAAAGUAUACAUUUCCGUAUUAUAAAUUCUUUAUUUUAAUAUUU